GAACAGACAACAUUCAGUGACGGAUAUGUCUUACGAUAGAAAUUUGAAAAUCUGGAGUGGUCCGAUAGAGGCAAAUCGUUUCGGGCCCAAGGAUUCAGUGGGUUCCGUAUUGCUUCAAUAUCUACUGGAAACACCCGAUCAUAUAGCACAGGUUUGCUAUCAGACUGGAACUGAGUUAACAAACCGCCAAUUCGCUUCGCUUUCAAUUCAAAUCGCUAAGUACUUCGAACGUAAAAAACUGCCGCAAGGCACAGUUAUAGGUCUAUGUGCAGGAAAUAGUGACUACGUUACACCCCUCUUUUUGGGGACUUUAAUGGCAGGUUUAACCCUAAGCACUUUGGAUCCAAGUUUUGGAAUUAAUGGCAUUAAGCACAUAUAUUCGAUAUCGAAACCCAAGGUAAUGUUUUGUGAUGGAGAUAUCUAUGCAAAGGUCAGGCAAGCACUACAUGAAUGUGGACUCACCUCCACGGACAUUUAUACCAUACGAAAACAUAUUGAGGGAGUGUCAAGUGUUGAAGAGCUGCUGAAUGAUGAGAAGGACCUCAAUCCCUCGUUGUAUAAAUGUCCACAAUUGCUCGAAGGACCAAAUCAAGUAGCUGCCAUACUUUGUUCCUCUGGAAGUACUGGCUUACCCAAGGGUGUUAAUAUGUCGCACGCUGCUCUGCUGGCUUUGGGGGAAUCAUUAUUAGACAAUGAGUCCUCAAGCAAUCUACUAUGUUUCAGCAGUUUAUACUGGUUGUCGGCUGUCAUAAGUAUACUACGUUGCAUUUUGACAAGAACAACACGCAUUAUAUCUGCAAAUCCAUUCUGUCCGGAAGAUUUCUUUGCGAUUGUUGAGCGCUACAAAGUGACAGUUGUUAUGGGUCCUCCGUCUCACAUGGCAAUGUGUUUGACCUCAUCAAAAUUACCAGACUCCGAUCUAUCCAGCAUUGUGGAAUAUGGUGUUGGUGGUAGUAGAGUGUGCUAUUCAUUGAUUGAAAAAUUCAAGAAAUAUUCACCAAAUGCCGUUUUCAAUAUUGCUUAUGGAAUGAGCGAGGUAUGUGUCAUUGCCUCGUCUGGAGAGGCAGAACCAACCAGUUCAGUGGGUAAAUUGAAAACAAAUAUUGAAGUGAAAGUUAUCAAUGAACUUGGCAAAGCAAUGGGUCCCAACGAAAUCGGUGAGAUAUGUAUACGUACACAAAUACCCUCGUCGGGCUACUGUAAUAAUCCCGAAGCCACAAAAGCCAUUUAUGACAAUAACUUGUGGAUACACAGCGGCGAUGUGGGUUACUUCAACAACAGCAUGCAAUUGUAUAUAGUGGAUAGGAAAAAGGAUAUAUUAAAAUAUAAUAAUUUUCAUUUCACUCCCUCAUCUAUUGAACGAGUUCUCAGUGAAAUACAGGGCGUGGCAGAAGUAUGUGUUGUUGGAAUACCAGAUAACUGCAUGGGAUUUCUGCCGGCGGCAGCAGUUAUAAAAUCGUUUAAUAGCACCAUAACUGAAGCCCAGAUUUACGAACAUGCCUCAGAACAUUUGGAACACUUCGAACAGUUACGAGGAGGUAUUUACUUUGUUGAUAAUUUUCCUCGAACUAUGUCGGGUAAAACUGUUCGCAGUGAAGUAGCCAAACUGUGUGAACAGUUGAGAAAUGUGAAAUAAUUGAAGAUUGAAAUUUUUGCCAAAAUAAAUAUUUACAGUUCGAAUUUUAAAGAGUACUUGGGAAUAAUUUAAUUUUUAUGAGAAUUAUAGUUAUCAAAAAUGCUCAGAGAGGUACCAGACAAAGUGGACCGAUACUACACAUCUUGAUGUUAUGUUAUCUAAUCUAAUGUUGUCUAAUCGGACAUCGGAGUUAUUGGUAUUCAAAUUUUGAAAUUUUAUGGG